AAAACAGAGUGACCAUUGAUAUUAAUAUCGAUUGUUUGACUGCAUAUUUCCCAUCUAAGUGUCUAUCGAAUUUUGUUAUCGACCAUCUCAAUUGCAAAUCUUAGAAGCGUAAAAUGACUACAGAAAAAGGCGAGCAGUUGAGACAACAACUUAUAGCGGCGGUGGUGAAGAAACGAGCGGCGAUUGCGCGAGCCCAUGAAAUCGUGGUGCGUCUUUUGGAGCCCGGAAUACCGGAGCCGGAGUUCCUGUCCCUGCUCUGUGAGAUUGGCCCACCAAAUUAUUCAGACAUAGUGGACGAGCGGGAAAUAAACAAACUUUGUGGAUAUCCACUUUGUUCGACAGUUCUAGAAAACGUUCCCAAGCAAAAGUAUAGUAUCUCCGCUGCCAAAAACAAAGUCUACGACAUCACAGAACGUAAGAAAUUCUGUUCCGGAUACUGUUUUAAGGCCUCCGAAUAUAUAAAGUCGCAGGUGCCCACAUCGCCAUUGUGGCUGCGAGAUAGGGAGACGAGACCCAGCUUUCAGCUGCUACAACGAAAUACUUGACCAUCGAUAUACUUAGCUCUCAAAGCGUUUAUAUUUAUUUCGUAUAAGCAUUAAGACCAUUUGUUCAUUACAUUACUGGAUUUUCGAUGUGGGAUUAUAAACCCUGGGGAAUAUUUCUUAAAGCACUAGUCGAUCUAAAUUAGAUCAUGAUUAUAUUGUCGCGCUCUAGCGUCAAUUCUGCUUCGCGCUUGGCAUCCUCUUCAGACCACUCGCCGCACUUGCUCAGCACGUCGGUUUCCCGCGGAGGUUCGGUCUAACAAUUAGUGAAAAAUUGGAGGUUUCAAAGAGCGCAGAAAACACGCGAGGAGACGAUAUAAAAAUGUACUUUAUUCAAAUUUAUUCAGUUGUAGGCAAUACCUCUUUGUCGUUGGCAGCCAGUUUGGUGAACAUGUUGGCAUAGAGCUUCUUCUCCUUGUCCUUGCUCUCUUUGAGUUUCUGCUUGCAGAUGAUCACUUGGUUGGCAGCCGCUUUGUUGCCUGGCUCCAAUUGGAUGACCUAAUCGAAUAAAUAGCAAUACAUGUAGUUAAUGCAAUAAAUAUACGUUUAUAUUGGUUACCUUUUGGAAAUCCUCUAGUGCAUCUUCCAGCUCAUUGAUAGUCAAGUUGCAUUGGCCACGACGGUAGAGAGCCUUUACAUUGUUCUUAUCCAAAUCCAAAACGGCAUUACACUAAAUUAAAAUAGUCAGAUGUAUAAAUUAUCCGAUUUGAGCGCGUGUACUCACCUCCUGCUUGGCUUCGAAGUGAUCGUUGGACUUUUGGUGGCACAGAGCAAUGUUGCUGUGCGUGGCCACCUUGAUCUUCUUCACCUCCUCAUUGGUAUGGACAGUGGUGGGCAAAAUGUUCUUGCACUUGGUGUACAUCUUGAUGGCUAGAGCCCAGUUCUCCUUCUUGAAGUAGUUGGUGCCCUUCUCUUUGUACACCUUGGCCUCAGCCAGGCGCUCCUCGUCACUCAGUUUCCACUCCUCCAGUCCCUUGCCGCAGUCGACGAGCUUUACUGUGUACUCAACUGUGGCAUUUGGUGGAAUCUUGAACUCCUCAUUGCCCUCUGCUCCAAAUGCAUACUUGGCCUGGAUCUUGAAUCUAUUACGCGCGUUUAUAAGUUAGUCUGAAAAGCUUAUAAUGGUCAAAGGGAUCUACCUGGAGGUCUCGCCUACGUUCAUCUUCUCCAGGGCAAUCUCGACACCAUCGAUAAUGCCGAUGGCCUUACCCUCGCCAUAAUCAAACUCCACGUCGCGAUCCUCGAACACGCGGCCCUCGAAACUACCAGAAAUGUGAGCUGUAUUUGGAUAACCGCAUGAGAUAUACAUAUUCACCGCAAGAUUGUGAUAAACCUACCCUUGACAAAGGCGCCAUCGCUGGGAGUGCGCUUCUUAUCGCUGGCUUCCAAAAUGGUGCGAUCAAUACUUCCGUCCUGGUUGGGACUCAAAUCCUCGCCCUUCCAGCCGAGCAUUUCCAGCU